UGGAAGCAGACGAUGGCUGGAUCUGGUCGUCGGCUUGUGGUGUUUUUGAUGUUGCCAGCCCUCAUCUGCGGUUACGCUAAGUCUGGUGGAUUUAGAGAUGACGACAUUGUACCAGACGAUUUUGAUGAUUUGUCAGACGCAAAGACAAUACAGGUACUCGCGGGUCAUGGUAGCCGAUCGUCACCAUUUGUCUCUAGGGGAAGGGCUUAUCUGGACAAGUUUCAACGAAUUUUAAUAGACCAAGAGGUUCCCAGGAAAGUCGAGGCACAGAUUAUGAAAGUGCAGCGGAAGCAUGGAAGGGUAUUUCAAGCAUGGCAAAGCUUCGCAGGCUUCACAUAG